AUUCAGUGUGAAGUUUGCUGCAAACGCAGAGAGUUGUCAAAGCAACGGCGUCUCGCGGACGUAGUUUUCGCUGUUUUCCUCUGAAUACGCGGAAAAUUCCUGAGCAAAUAUGUUCACGGCAUCUUCGCUGAACGUGACCAACUCGUUUGGUGGUGGCGCACAGACGACAAACACAAACCCAAUGAAGGAUUUCGAGGUGACGUCGCCCCCGGAAGACACGGUGUCUUGCAUGGAGUUCAGUCCGGCGAGCGUGGCGCAGAACUUCCUGAUCGCCGGCAGCUGGGACAGCUGUGUGCGGUGCUGGGAGGUGGAGAUGACUGGCAAGACGGUACCGAAGCAGAUGAAGACCAUGGGUGGGCCUGUGCUGGACGUGUGCUGGUCCGAUGACGGCGGGAAGGUGUUCAUUGCGUCGUGCGACAAGCAGGUGAAGUGCUGGGAUUUGGCGUCUGACCAGGUGGUUCAGGUGGCAGCGCAUGAUGCGCCGGUGAAGACGUGUCACUGGGUGAAGGGAUCAAACUACACCUGCCUGAUGACGGGCUCCUGGGACAAGACGCUCAAGUUCUGGGACACGCGCUCGCCAAGUCCCAUGAUGGCCAUCAACAUCCCGGAGCGCUGCUACUGCGCCGAUGUGGACUAUCCCAUGGCGGUGGUGGGCACAGCGGGACGUGGUCUGAUCAUUUACUCGCUGGAGAACAAGCCGACGGAGUACAAGAGGCUGGACAGUCCGCUCAAGUAUCAGCACAGGGCCGUGAGCAUCUUCCGGGACAAGAAGAAGACGCCCGUGGGUUAUGCCCUGGGCUCCAUUGAGGGACGCGUGGCCAUUCAGUAUGUGAAUCCGACCAACUCCAAGGACAACUUCACAUUCAAGUGCCACCGCUCCAACGGAAAUUCCGGCUAUCAGGACAUCUACGCCGUGAACGACAUCGCCUUUCAUCCUGUGCACGGCACUCUCGCCACCGUGGGCAGCGACGGCACCUUCAGCUUCUGGGACAAGGAUGCCAGGACGAAGCUCAAGUCGUCAGAGACCAUGGAGCAGUCCAUCACCAAGUGCUGCUUCAACUCCAACGGGCAGAUCUUCGCGUACGCCAUCGGGUACGACUGGUCAAAGGGGCACGAGCACAAUCUCAACCACAAGACCUACAUCUUCCUCCGACCCUGCUACGACGAGCUGAAACCGCGCGCCAGCUCCUAG